CAAGGGGUUGGUCUCUGCCCCGUGAGCACCUCCCUCCCUCUGCUAGGCACCAAAGAAAUGGGGAGUCGAGAAGAACUGGAGGCGGAGGCUCUGCGCCUCUUUGCGGGUAUUGGGCUGGCCGAGCAGACAGCGCAGCAAGCCAUUGUGAAGCCCAAGUUCCGCCAGGCGCUGGUCGAUCUGAUCAAGGAGGCGGGCGCCGCCGAUGGCUGCCCCAAGCCGCAGGGCGCGCUGCUUUACACCACAGCCAGCAAGUACCCUGCCAAUGCGCUGGUCCACCGGGGAGAGCUGCUGGCCUACAUCAAUGAUGAACGCAUCCGCUCCAACGCUCAGCUGGAUGGGGCGCUGGAGUACCUGGGCAAGGUCGGCAGCGAGCCAAUUGAUGUGGCUAAGUUUGAGGAGGCUGCAGGAGUGGGAGUGGAGGUAGGGCCCGACCAGAUCAAGGCCGCGGUGGCGGGCUGCGUCAAGGAGAAUGAGGCGAAGCUCCAGGAGGAGCGGUACCACUGCAACCUCAACAUCCUGCUGGGCAAGCUGCGCGGCGGCGGCGGCAUCAUCAAGUGGGCUGACGUGGCUGCGCUCAAGGCGGAGCUGGAGGCGCAGGUGGAGGCGCUGCUGGGGCCCAAGACUAAGGCGGACCUUGUGAAGCCGGACAAGAAGAAGAAGCCCGCCAAGCCCGCCGCGGCGGCUGCGGCCGGCAAGGACGGGGCCAACGGCGCGACGUCUGCUGCUGCAGCAGCGGCCAAGAAGGCUGAGGAGGAGGCGUGGCGCACCGCGGACCCGUAUGCCUUCCUGCCCAAGCCGCAGCAGAACAACAUGGUGCAUACCACAGUUCACUUCAGCGACGGCCGCAAGAUGAAUGUGGCCAACACUCCCGAGCUGCUGGCGAAGCACCUUGAGGAGACGGGGGGCAAGGUGGUGACUCGGUUCCCGCCAGAGCCCAAUGGCUACCUGCACAUAGGCCACGCCAAGGCCAUGUUUGUCGACUUUGGCAUGGCUGUGCAGUACGGCGGCGUGUGCUACCUGCGGUUUGACGACACCAACCCGGAGGCCGAGAAGCAGGAGUACAUUGACCACAUCGAGGAGAUUGUGAGCUGGCUGGGUUGGAAGCCGUGGAAAGUCACCUACUCCUCAGAUUACUUUGACCAGCUGUAUGCAUUCGCGGUGCAGCUCAUCAAGGGCGGCAAUGCGUAUGUGGACCACCAGACAGCAGAGGAGAUCAAGGACUACCGGGAGCGGCGGGAGCCCAGCCCCUGGCGCGACCGCCCCAUAGCGGAGUCGCUGAAGCUGUUUGACGACAUGCGGCGGGGGCUGGUGGAUGAGGGCAAGGCCACGCUGCGCAUGAAGAUGGACCACAAGAACGAAAACUACAACAUGUUUGACCUCAUCGCCUACCGCAUCAAGUUUGUGGAGCACCCGCAUGCAGGCGACAAGUACUGUGUGUACCCCUCCUACGACUACACCCACUGCCUGGUGGAUGCCCUGGAGAACAUCACGCACUCCAUGUGCACCCUGGAGUUUGAGUCGCGCCGGGCCUCCUAUUACUGGCUGCUGGAGGUGCUGGGCACCUACAAGCCGCUGGUGUGGGAGUACAGCCGCCUGAACAUCACCCACAACGUCAUGUCCAAGCGCAAGCUCAACCGCCUGGUCACCGACCAGCAUGUGCUGGGCUGGGACGACCCGCGGCUGCUGACGCUGGCGGGGCUGCGGCGGCGAGGCGUCACGCCGCAGGCCAUCAACAACUUCUGCAAGGAGGUGGGCGUGACGCGCAGCGAGGGCGAAGUGCACCUGCACAAGCUGGACCACCACAUCCGGGCCGAGCUGGACGCCACCAGCCGGCGGUCGCUGGCCGUGCUGCGCCCGCUGCGCCUCGUCAUCGCCAACCUGCCGGACGCGCACUAUCAGGAGGUGGAGGCCAAGGUGGGGCCUGGGGUGGCGUGUGUAGCGGGACAGGAAGGGUACAAGGUGCCCUUCACCAAGGUGGUCUACAUAGAGGAUACUGACUUCCGGGAGGCAGACAGCAAGGACUACUACGGCCUGGCACCUGGCAAGUCGGUGAUGCUCAGGUACGCCUACCCCGUCACCUGCACCGGCUUCUCCAGGGACGCGUCUGGCAAGGUGGCAGAGGUGCAGGCCACCUACGACCCAGACUUCUCCACCAAGAAGCCGCCCAAGGGGGUGCUCAACUGGGUGGGGCAGCCGGCGGCGGGCGUGGAGCCGCCCACCUUUGAGGCGCGGCUGUACGACGUGCUGUUCAAGAGCCAGAACCCGGCGUCGCAGGAGGACUGGCUGGCUGACCUGAACCCCGAGUCGCUGGUGGUGGUCAAGGGCGCCUACGCCACGCCCGAGCUGGCAAAGGCGCAGCCUGGGGACAGGUUCCAGCUAGAGCGGCUGGGAUAUUUCUGUGUAGACAUCGACAGCUCACCGGGCGCGCUGGUGCUCAACCGCACCUGCACGCUCAAGGAGUCAUUCCCCAAGCAGGCGGCGCCUAAGGGCGCCCGCAAGUGAGGCUGGUGGUGGCACGGGAUCCCCGUCUGAGCCUGUAGCACGCAUCCGCAGCUGCACUUCGAAGGAGGAGGAGGAUUCCUGUACACUGCAGUAUUCACAACCACCGCGCUCACAGAAAUGAACUGCUCUUGCUGAAUUCCUUUGCUCCCGUGCUUCACUUGUCCGCCCACGCUGCUGUCUUGCUUGCUCGCGCCGCGCGUGCCCCGCCGGUCGGCGGCGCCUGUAAGCCCAAUUUUC